AUCCACGCCAGCCAUUUCCAAUUUCCAAUUUCCACUUGCGUUCGAUGCCGAUUCCCUCCUCCUCCUCCCUCCUUUUAGACCUUUUCUAGGGUUCCUUCCUUCUCCUCCUCCUCCUCCUCCCUUCUUUUUCCUCGUCCUCGCCUUCGUCUCCUUCGCUCGCCAAGAAAUCGACGCGAACCCCGGAGCUCCACCGAUCGACCUCGGGCCCCUCCGAUCGUCGCCCCUUCCGUCUCGGUGCUCCCCCCACCUUAGAAGAUGUCAGAAGAGCUGGAGUACCGCUGCUAUAUUGGUGGCCUUUCGUGGUCAACAACUGAUAGAGGUCUAAAAGAUGCUUUUGAAAAGUUUGGCCAUCUGCUUGAGGCGAAGGUGGUGCUUGACAAGUUCUCUGGACGCUCUCGUGGAUUUGGUUUUGUAACUUUUGAUGAAAAGCAAGCAAUGGAAGAGGCUAUUGAGGCUAUGAAUGGGAUGGACCUGGAUGGAAGAAAUAUCAUUGUGGAAAAAGCUCAGCCUCAAGGUUUGGGUAGAGACCAAGAUGGUGAUCGCAGUCGUGAUCGUGGUCGUGAUCGUGGUCCUAAUCGGGACUAUGGUGGUGGACGUGGAGGUGGAGGUGGAGGUGGAGAAUGUUUUAAGUGUGGCAAGCCUGGGCAUUUUGCAAGGGAGUGUCCUAGUGAAGGGGGCAGAGGAGGUAAGUAUGGGGGGAGGGAUGACAGGUAUGGAGGAGGAGGAGGAGGAGGAGGAGGUGGCAGUGGGCGCUAUGGUCCUGAUCGAAAUGGUGAUCGAUCUGGUGGUCGCAAUAGGGAAAGUGGUAGUCGAGGAGGAUCAGGAAAUGACCGCUAUAAUCGGGACCGUUCUGGUCCCUAUGAACGUCGUAGUUCAGGAAACUUCCGUUCAGGGUAGAAAGAAUACUCCUGAUAGCAAACAAUUGGAGGUACUGCUGUUACUUGCUGGAGGUGUCAAAGUCUCUCCUGUUGCAUCUCUUCUUCAUGGUUGUCUGGGUGGACGAAUCGGCUUGAUCAGUCUUUGAUGUGCGAACUAUGGCUGAAAGAUUCAACUGUUUAAUGUCCGUGAAUGCUCGUUUUGAUGUUUUGGUCUGAUGACAAUGCUUGCUUGACUUCAACAAUCAAAUUUGGUCUUACUCUAUCAAUACUAUGAUGGGUCCUGGAUUCUCUUUCGGUUA